AUUGGCUUCACCAUGCUCAAAUUCAGUUUAAUCGUUGCCGUUUGUGAAAAUUUUGGUAUUGGUCUUAAGGGAGAUCUGCCAUGGCGCCUAAAGUCCGAAUUGAAAUACUUCAGCAACACCACAAAACGUGUUCGCGAUCCAAGUAAACGAAAUGUUGUGAUUAUGGGUAGAAGAACCUAUUUUGGUGUUCCAGAAUCGAAACGUCCAUUAGCAGAACGUUUAAAUAUUGUUUUGAGUACAACUUUGAAGCCAGCAGAUUUACCAUCAAGUGUGCUGCUCUAUCCCAACUUGGAAGCUGCAAUGAAAUUCCUCGAAACAGAUGAUGAAAUGAAGAAACAAAUUGAAACCGUUUGGAUUGUUGGCGGCAGUGGUGUCUAUGCCGAGGCUAUGGCUUCAGAACGUUGCCAUCGCUUAUAUCUGACAAAGAUACAUGCCACUUUUGAAUGUGAUACAUUUUUCCCAAGCAUUCCAGAUGACUUCAAAGAAGUCGACGUAGACGAAGAAACACCCAAGGGCAUACAAGAAGAAAAUAACAUCAAAUAUGAAUAUAAAAUAUUGGAAAAACAA